CAGUUUAUGGUCGUCUGCCCGCGCAAGCGCACGGCAUCCACAUGAAGCUUCUGACGGUCUUUGUGUUGUUUGCGCCGAUGGCGCUAGCGUUGCACAGCGGCGGUUUGGCUCCGUGGCGCCCUCUCAACGACAACAACAGUGUCCCGAGCUUAGGGCUUGGAACAUGGCUUGGCUUCUCCGAUAAGGGGCGCGUGGAGCCUAAAGGGCACGAGGUGGAAGACGCGGUGGUGUGGGCGAUCGACGCUGGAUACCGACACAUCGACACGGCGCACAUUUACGACACGGAGACCCAGGUUGGCAGAGCCAUCAAGAAGAAGAUAGAUGACGGGACGGUGAAGAGGGAAGAUCUGUUCGUCACUACUAAGCUAUGGAACGACGCGCAUGCGCGCGAGGCGGUGGAGCCGGCGCUGCGUCGCUCUCUACAGAAACUCGGUCUGGACUACGUCGAUCUAUACCUCAUACACUGGCCUGUCGGCACGUAUGCUAACAACUCCUUGGACAACUCGGACUACCUGGACACGUGGCAGGCCAUGGUGGCGGUCAAGGACAAGGGACUGACCAAGUCUAUUGGCGUCUCCAACUUCAACCAACAACAACUCGAGAGACUCAUUAAAGCGAGCAAUGUGAAGCCAGCGAUGCUGCAAGUCGAGCUGAACCUGAACCUUCAGCAGCCGGCCCUCCUCGCGUACUGCCGCGCCCAGGGCAUCCAAGUGACCGGCUACACGCCCUUCGGGUCCCUCUUCCCGAACAAGGCCACACCCGACGCGCCCCCGCCGCGAGUCGACGACGCGCCGCUCGUCGCUAUAGCGGGGAAAUAUAACAAGACUGUCCCGCAGAUCGCGCUCAGAUACUUGUGGGAGCUCGGCGUGACGCCCAUCCCGAAGUCGGUGACCCGGUCCCGGGUGGAGCAGAACAUUCAGAUCUUCGACUUCGAGCUCAGCGCAGAAGAGAGGCAGAAGAUGGCGUCCUUCGACAGAGGAUACCGCACCAUCGACGUCAAGUGGUGGAGGGACUCACCGCAUUACCCUUUUGAGAAGAACUAAAGGGUUUUCUGUAUUUUCUUUUUAUUAAACACUUUAAUCAAGUUA